AUGGCCACCUCUCGUGUCUUCGCCUCCCGCAUGGCCUCGGUCAUGGCCCAGACCUCCAAGGUCGCUCGCCCUGCUGCUCGCUUCCAGCUCAACGCUGCCACCAAGCGCACCUUCACCCAGAAGGCCCCCGCCUUCGGUGCCCCCAAGCGCAUCCAGUCGCCCACUCUCCUCCAGGCCAAGGCUUUCCAGACUGCCGCCCGCCGCCAGUACUCCUCCGAGGUCGCCUCCGCCAUGGUUGAGGUCUCCAAGAACAUCGGUAUGGGUUCCGCUGCCAUCGGUCUCGGUGGUGCCGGUAUCGGUAUCGGUCUCGUCUUCGCCGCUCUCCUCAUGAGUGUCUCCCGCAACCCUGCCCUCCGUGGCCAGCUCUUCUCCUACGCCAUUCUCGGCUUUGCCUUCGUCGAGGCCAUGGGUCUCUUCGAUCUCAUGGUUGCCAUGAUGUGCAAGUACGUCUAA